AUGACUGAAUCCACAAUAGAAAUCCAACUGACAAAUGCCAGUAAGGCUAAAGAAGGCUUUGGUGAUGAUUAUUCAGCACAUUUACCUGAACCUACAAAGACAAGAUUUGCUAAAUAUGGAAUAGAUAUUUCAAAAGGGUAUCCUGAACGUCCUUCAAAGAUCCCUAUUUUCUUAGAUGAAGCUUACAUGAUUAGAGAUGCUAAAGAUCCAAAUUUUGUUCUUCGUGGUAUUGAUGCUGAUCCAGAUAAAAAAGCACUUUUUGCUAAAGCUCAAGAAGUUAAUAAUUUAACCAAGCACAUUGGAACUGAAAUAGUUGGCUUACAAUUAUCUGAUUUGAAUGAACAAGAGCUAGAUGAAUUAGCAUUGUUGGUUAGUGAACGUAUUGUUGUUUUCUUUAGAAAUCAAGAUUUAUCACCUCAGACUCAAUUGGAAAUUGGUGAAUUCUUUGGUACAGUGGAGAAAAAUCCAGUAGCAGCUCAAGUUCCUGGAUAUCCUGGUAUAACCACCAUUUGGGGGAAAUUUUUAAGACAAAAAAGAGUACCAAAUUUUAAAAAAGUGUUUGGGAUUUGGCAUACAGAUUUAGAUUUCGAAUUUAGAGCAACAAGUUUUUCACAUUUACAUCUUGAUACAAUCCCACUACAGAACGGUGCAGGUGGUGAUACUGCUUGGGUUUCAGGAUAUGCUGCUUUUGAUAAAUUAAGUACACCGCUCCAAAAAUUCCUUGAAGGUAAAUAUGCUAUUCAUAGAUCAAACCAAAGAUUGUUUGAUCGUGAUGAUAUUUUAAGUGGACCAAAACAUGUUGAAAGAGACCAUCCUAUUGUGAUUACACAUCCAAUAACUGGUUGGAAGGCAUUGUUUGUGAAUAGAUCAAAUACAACAAAAAUUAUGGGCCUGGAACCAGCGGAGUCACAAAUGAUUUUAAAUUAUUUAUUUGAUGUUUUAGAGAAAAAUUUAGAUAUUCAAGUUAGAUUUAAUUGGACUGUUCCUCAACAAGAUAGAAUGUUAGGUGCUAGUGCAAUAUGGGAUAAUAGAGUCUGUAAUCAUUAUGCAAUUGCGGAUUAUGAUGAUCAACAAGAUCAAAGACAUGGUACAAGGGUUGUAUCACUUUCCGAUCCACUAGUCUACAUAGAGGGGUCAAAGUCUCAACGAGAAGCUUUAGGAUUAGAUUAA